AUGGAGAACGUAUCCUUCACCCUCAGCUAUAAGUUAACUCUGGACCCAUUUUCUAUUCCACCUGGUGGAAAGUAUCCCAUCUUUUUCCUGGGCAUAGCUAUCUAUUCAUUUGGUGUGUUCUGCAACCUGACCUUACUGUCCGUCAUCGUCAUGCAAAGGAACCUUCACAAACCCAUGUAUUUUAUUCUCUUCAGUCUUCCUCUCAACGAUCUGAUAGGAAUCACUGCAAUGCUCCCAAAGGUGCUGUCAGACAUUGUGACUGAGACAAACACGGUCUUUUACCCUCUCUGUGUUAUUCAGGGGUUUUUGCUCCACAUGUACGGAGGUGCGAUUCUCUUUAUUCUUGCGGCUAUGGCCUUUGAUCGUUAUGUUGCCAUCUGCCAGCCGUUGAGGUACAGUACUAUUAUGACACCCAGGAAUGUGGCAGUCAUUAUUUUACUGGUUUGGGGUCUUGACCUCCUCUUGAUCCUACUGCUGUUCUCUCUGCAGAUAAAUCUGCCCCGGUGUAGAUCCUCCAUAAUGAAUGUGUUUUGUGAUAACCCCUCCCUUCUUAAACUCACCUGUGGUAAUACUACACUGAAUAAUGUCAUAGGACUGUUUAACACAGCACUCAUGCAGAUUAUAAGUGUAUCCAUUCAGAUUUUUUCCUAUGUGAAGAUUCUGAUCACUUGCUUGGUUACAAGAAAGUCUGACGCUAAGAGUAAGGCUUUGAACACCUGUGUGGCACAGUUGGUCAUAUUCUUCAUAUUUGAGGUUGUAGGAACCUUCACAAUUUUAUCACACAGAUUCAAGAAUGUCUCAGCUGACUUGCAAAAGAUUAUGGGCAUGCUCAUCUUUCUAGUAUCUCCACUUAUGAAUCCAAUUGUAUACGGGCUGAAUGCAAGUGAAAUACGAAUCUCCCUACUGAAAGUAUUUCUCAACAAAGUAUCAGCCUGA